AUGGCACAAAUAUAUUUUAAAAAUCUGCAACCCACCCCUCUGGACUUGGUCCAGUGUUUGAGCGAGCGGCAUGAGAUCAGGGAGUGUCUUCCUCGUUCUCUUCAAGAAAGGGUCGGUUUCCUUGAACAACGUCGAAUUGAAGCGAACAGUGUGGGCCACGGCUACGACAAGAUCUUUGGUAGAUGUCUAGAUGACAAGUUAACAGCUGUGAACGUCCAGGAUGCGUAUGUCUGCGCACAUCAUCAGAUUUUGAAUUUUGUUCGGUUUUGCGAACUUGUUGUUGGCAACGCUCCAAAUAUUCGAUGCAUCACGUUGCGAACGGGAAUGGAAGCGCGGAAUAAUCAGAUGGCAUUUGACGAAUUGACGCGAAGCCUUGAGAAAGUUAAUGUCGUUCUGAAAGUCGAAUUCAGUCCUUCCAUUCAUGACAGAGAAAUCAGAUUCAAUAACGGGUGGAUCGUCAAAAUAGGACGGGGACUGGACUAUUUCAAAAAUCCGGGUAAAUACGCGUUGGGUGCGUCAGACCUGAACUUUCGACAAUGUCAUGAGACUACAGUUGACAUAAUGAGACAGAAGAAAUAG